AUGAACGUUUAUUUUAAUAUAUUGUACAAAAAUUUGCGAUUUGCUCACUUAUUUGCCUUACUACUGCUUGUGGCCGUCGUUUCUUUUACUAACGCUGAUGCAGCAGGGGAGCAUGCAGAGAAAAAUGCUGCCUCAUCAAUUCAUCCAGAUGUUGCUCUUAAAACUUAUAGAAAGUUACUGAAAGAAAAAUUAAAAGUGAUCACUCAAGCCUUAUCUACUGUAUUAAAAUCUAGUUUUGAAAAGCAGCGAAAAGUUGUUGGAAUUCUUGUAGAAAAGAUUUUAAAGUUUUUUUCAGAAGCAAAAGUACGACUCACAGAGUUAGGCAUUGCACCUGGUGAUCCAUUUCCUUCUGAUGAUAAUAUAAAAGAAGUGUUUUCAUUAGUUCUUGAAAAUACAUACUUUCUUGGCAAACUUGUUCUUCAUAUGCCUGAUCUGGUCCAUGAAACGAUUACCAAAUUUCCUGAAUGGAAAAUCCUAGUACAGUAUGCUGUCGGAUUCAGCAAUGAUUCCAAUGCUUUCAUUGGAGUUGAUGAUAAGAUAUUGCAUUUGAUGGCCCAAGAAUUUGAAAUAGUUGAAAAAGAUCCUGAGUAUGUUAAUCCAAAUAGCAGAAAAUAUGUUGAAGAAAAACAAAGACAACUGGAAAUGGAACUGAAGGAAAUGAAAAAAGUGAUAGCAAAAGAGAAGAAAAAGAAGCAGAAAGGUCCAAAGCUGAGUGGACCAAGAAGAUAUGAAUUGUAA